AACAUAUUAUUUUUGAAGUGUAUUACGUUUAUAUACCACAAAAAUAAGUUUUAAACAUAUCUUCGAUCUCUUUUUACAUGCAACACAUAUGACUCAAUUGUCUCUCUUAGAAUAAUACUAUAGAGAAAAACUUGCUAGAAAAAACAAAAUUCGAAUUAUCGGGGGGGGGGGGGGGGUAAUAAAUAUCAUAUACAGCGCGUGCAUCAUAUAUGAUGCACGGGACGUCUCAGUCCAAAGUAUCGUGCAUCACAUAUGAUACACCGGACAGUCAACGUGUUAAGUAUGUUUUUUUCUUGAUUGUAAAAGAAUUUUUUUCAGUUUAUUUAUAGUAGGCUUUGUUUUUUUUUUGAAACAAUAAAGAAAUAAGUAAAAUGUAUAUGUUUUUAAGAUGAUUGACAGUAACUGUAAACUAUUGAUAAUUAUUGAGUUUGACUUUGUUAGACAGCAAAACGAUAUUUUCUUAUGUCAAUCAAAAGUUCGGCUCUAUUGAGUCGAAUACAGUAAUUAUUAACAUUAACAUACGAGCCGUUAAUAAUAAUAAUAAUUUCUCGCACAAUAUGCGUUUUUACAGAACUAAGUCUGGAUUUUUGUGACCUUGUAAAGAACCAAUUUCAUCAUUAAAUGUUAAUUUUAGGAGACAAAAUACGUGAAUUUCUUGCAAGUCUUCAAUAUUUUCGAAUAUUUAUUGGUCUUUGGAAUAUUAUAAUUAUAAUCGCUAUGUUUACAUUAAUUAUCGGAUGUGUGUCGAUGUCACCGCAAGCAUCACGACGGCAAGUGGUGACAACACCAUCAUAUGCGUCAGAUGUCGAAGCAAAAACGAAAUUAAAAUCUCAUCAUCGUCGUUCACAAAAAUUAUGUUCAACAGAACGUCUUCCUGCAUUUUUUGCUUGGGCUCUUUUAUUGAGUACUUCCUUUACUUAUUGGAUUUGUGUAUUACCAGAAAUUAUUAUUCUUCUACCAACAUUUUUACCAUUGCUUAUUGCACAUUGUCUUUUAUUUGUUCUACUUUGUGGUAAUUUUAUACUUGCAACAUAUAUGGAUCCAGGUGUUUAUGAACAAUCUUUAAAAAAGGAAAAUUCAGAUAUAAGUUUUUAUGUACGUCCAACAAAAAGAAAAGGAGGCAUUGAUACAGAUGAUGACGAUGAUGAUGUAUAUGAACCUCAACCUCGACUUAUUCAUAUCAAUGAUGGAUCAGUUCAAAUGAAAUAUUGUCGAACAUGCAAACUAUUUCGACCACCACGCUGUUCACAUUGUUCAAUAUGCGAGCGAUGUAUUGAUACAUUCGAUCAUCAUUGUCCUUGGUUAAAUAAUUGUGUUGGUCGUCGUAAUUAUCGUUAUUUUUUUCAAUUUUUAUUUUUACUCUGUAUUCAUAUGAUAUUACUUUUUACAUUUUGUUUAUAUUACGUUCUACAUGAUCGUCAUCAUAAAAUAAUAACAACUACACUUAUAUCUGAUACAUAUGAUUCAUUAGUUCCAAAAAGUGAACAUGAUAUCAUAUCAUCAACAAAUUUACCCAAAUCAACAUUUAUUGGUCUUUCGGACUAUCGAUUUAUAAUUUGUAUUGUUUUACUAAUAUUACUCGGUCUUUUAUCUAUACCAAUCGGUGGUCUAACCGGUUUUCAUAUGUUUCUUAUUGCAAGAGGUCGAACAACAAACGAACAAGUAACAGGAAAAUAUCAUCAACAAGGCGAUGUAUUUACAAAAGGUUUUCUUCGAAAUUUUGCUUAUCUUCUUUGUCAACCAUUGUAUCCUCAAAUAAAAGCACCUAAAAUUAAACGUUAUAAUAUUGAACUAUUUGAAAAAAUGGCAUAUGGUACUAAUCGUUUAUCAAAUGGAAAGAAAAAUUCAACGAAAAAAUUUUCAACAAAAGUUAUCUAUGAAAAUACAAAAGAUGAUGA